UAUAUAUAUAUAUUUAUAUUUAUGUAUGAUUUAGAUAAACCUGUAAGACAAGGUAUGGUUUAUCUAUUUGGCAACAAAUUUACAAAGGCAAUGUCGAUAUUCAAAUCGAAGGCUGAUAGCGAACCAUUAUAUGCUCUUGGUAUGGGAUCCAUGUUAUUCCUGAAAGCUAUGAUGACUUAUAAUGAAAAUGAUGUAGAGGCGGCUAUGAAAUCAUUAUCUGACUCUUUUACGAUCGCAACUACACAAGCGGAACUCUCUGAAGAAAAGCCAUCAUUUGAAGACGCAUUCUCUUCACAAUUCUCCUCAUUAAUGGCCAGCACCAAGGCUGAUGAUGAUCGAUGCCAUAUCAAGACAUUCAUGCCAAAUGGAAUACUUCGUGCUCAUGUGAUUAAGGCAGAAAGUUGUUUGUUAAUGGGACUUCUUCAGUUGACUCAAGAAAACAUGACAGGUUAUCUAAAGUGUGGAUUGAAUCUUCGAAAAGCUUGUUCAAGUUAUACUUUGGUCUGGAAUGAAUAUCAACGCAUGGGUGAGCAAGUAAAUGAUUGGAUGGAUUGUGAUACUAUCUCAGCUGUACAAUUUGGUGUUGGCACUUUACAUCUCUUGCUUUCAUCCUUACCUACAAAGAUUGUCAAAAUAUUCUCUGGAUUAACUUGGAAAACGGAUAAAUCUUUAGGUUUUUCUUUGCUAAAAUCGGCAAUGACUGGAAAGGGAACUCGAUCUACUUUUGCAUCCUUAGUACUUCUAAGUUAUUAUUCAUUAUUAUCAAGUUUGGUACCUUCUCUAUAUGCCCAAGAUUCGAUUCAACCAACUAUUGAGUGCCUAGUGGAAGCGCAAAAAUCACAUCCCAAAUCAUGUUUUUUCCUUUAUUACGCAGCACGUAUAUCUCGAGUGGCUAGAAAUGUUGGACUAUCGACUCAAUCAUUCACGAUGGCAACAGCAUCAACAAGACGAGGAGCAUGGGCAGAAGUGGCAAUGAAACAUACAGUUGCAUACGAAGUUGGACUGAAUCAUGCGAUGCAACUGGAUUGGGAUACAUCAGCAGCUUACUUUGAACAAUUAUGUUGUGCUCGUGAUUGGUCCCCGGCCUUUUGUCAAUACUUUGUAGGUGCAUGUCAUGAAAUGUUGGGUCAAAGACAAGAAGCCAUGGAUUGCUUUGACGAAGUACCGGUACUUAGCCAUCAACAACAUCAUCGAAAGAGUUUAUUGGACAAUUUUGUGCAAGUCAAAGUGGAAAGAUAUCAAUGUAGUGAUUAUCGUGAUCUUGAUAGUAGCCUUCCUGGUCUUGAAUUACUACUUUUGUUGAACGCAUUUGCAUCCAUGGAAGAAACCUAUUUACAACGCUGCUUGGUGAUGAUUCAAGAAACAUGUCAAUUGAUUAAAAUGAAACAUUCAAUGGGUAUUCUUCAACUUGAUGAUUUGGAGGACUACAAUCAUGAUGACAACGAUGAUGAUCGAGUGACCCUGAUGAUUCGCUAUACUACUUUGCUACUGUUGAAAGCUUCUGUACUGAAUGCAUUAUCAAGAUGUAGUGAAUGUGUUGUUGAUCUGGAUUGGGUCUUGAAAAGGAAACAUCUUUUGGAAACUGAAGAAUGGUUGCUUCCAUUUGUCUAUUGGGAGGUAGGUGUGACCCAAUGGGGAAUAGGCAAUCAAAAGAAAAGUCGAGAAAUGUGGCAGCUGGCUCUGUCUUGUACCAAGUAUGAUUUCGAAUUUCGAAUGGCAAGUCGAAUCCAUCUGGCUUUGGGAAAAUGUGAUGAACUGGGCAUUCUGGAACCAAGUGGAUCUACUUAUCUCAAUGGAAGGAAACGACUAUAGAAAUGUAUAUCAUAGAUUAUCUCUUUUAUUAUUAUUAUUUAUUAUUAUUAUUAUUAUUAUUACUCAAUUUUUUUUUUUUUUGAAUUAUCAUUCCCAUUUUGAUCAUUAUUACCAUAAUUCUUUAUUACCUCUCUUUUUCUUUAUGUUAUAUUCUUUACACAUACUAAUAAACUUCCCCCCUUCUUGUUUAUAUAUAUUUUUUUUUCUUCAUUAUAAUAAUUGGUAUUACGUUUUUCGAUCUCAUGGCAACAAACAGACAUAAGGAGAAAGCGGU